AUGGUACGCUGGUCCAAUAAUGCAGAAGUUGUGCUGGCAUCUUCUAGCUGCCCGGACCAUCCUCCAGAGUCUACGCUAGAUGGGGCGCCCGAAACAUUCUGGCUAUCCACUGGCAUGUUUCCUCAAACGCUUCUUUUCCAAUUACCUGAUGCUACUUGUGUGAAGUCUAUGCUAAUUGAAUCCGAUGGAGUCAAGCAGCUAUCUGUGCACGGUUCUGUAGAUCCGGAUUUCAGUAAAUUCAUUAAGUUAGGCUCCUAUCAGAGCUCUUCACGGAAAGCAGGAGCAGAAAGCAGAAUUGAGGUCAAAUUAGAAAAGGGCAAUUCAGUCAAGUUUGUGCAAUUGAGAUUCGAAGCGGCCAGUGAACCAUUCAUUGCCGUACACAAGGUCAAUUUUGAACUGUAA